CCCGUACAUAAUCUUCCCCUUGCCCCCCUGUGCCCCUCGCGUGCCCGGUCUUGAUACCUCUCAACUCCACUCCUCCCCAUUAAUAGGAUCCCGCCCAAAGAACCCUUCCCCACAAGACGACAGCAGUGUGUAACUAUGUCCGAAUGCUCAGCAUCGCUCUCUGACCAGCAAGAGACUCAACCACCGAAGCGCAAGGCCGCACAAGCAGGACUCGAUGGAAACACCACCGGACGUUCAGUAAAGAGAAGGGCUUCAAAGGCAUGUCAAUGCUGUCGAGCACGCAAAGUCAGAUGCAACGUCACCGAACAUGGAGCGCCGUGCACGAAUUGCAGACUGGACGAGGUGGAAUGCAUUGUGUCAGAAAGCAGGAGAAAAAAGAAAUGGACCAAGGACGACGACAACCACGCAGGCGAAAAUACUUCGUCGGUCUCGAGUGUGAAUCGCAAGCUCGCUUCGCGCGAGGCCCUUGACAGCAUCCAGAACCUCACCUCAGCCUCAUCGCGAAGGUCACAUGAGGCAGAACCGCGGCUUGACGAACAUGUGCCACAUUCCAUCUAUCAAACCCAUGGCUCUCGCUUGAACUCCAUCAACAGCUUCUCAGAGCUGCACCGGCGUCUUUCCGUCAAUUCACAAGCAACUACCAAUGGAUUGCCAAUCAUGCCAUUUGCGUCCUUUACCGGCGAUGCCCGGACGCCAUUUUAUGGCAAUGUUGGUCCCAAGACUUCCACUGUAGCUGACUUGCCGCUCUACAUCAAACCCCUGCCAGCGCGCAUUGGCCCCGAUGAAGUUGCCUAUUUGGAAAAGAAGGGCGCAUUGACAGUGCCCAAGUCCACCCUCCGCAAUGAGAUGCUACGGGCGUACGUUGAGUUCGUGCAUCCGUACAUGCCACUUUUGGACCUGCAUGACUUCCUACCAAUCGUUGAUCGGCCGGACGGGAGCCUCGGUAAAGCCAGCUUGAUUUUGUUCCAAGCCGUCAUGUUCGCCGGCUCGGCCUUUGUCGAUAUGCGGCAUUUGCGGAAUGCAGGCUAUGCCACACGCAAGGAAGCUCGCAAAGACUUUUUUCAGAAGACAAGGCUUCUGUACGACUUCGACUAUGAGUCCGAUCGUGUCUCUCUAGUCCAAUCCCUGCUUCUCCUGACGUACUACUACGAGACUCCAGAUGACCAGAAAGACACAUGGCAUUGGAUGGGCGUGGCGACAUCCGUCGCACACACCAUUGGGCUCCAUCGUAAUCCAGACAAGACGAAUAUGGACACGAAGCGCACCCGUCUCUGGAAACGCAUCUGGUGGUCAACUUACAUGCGAGAUCGUCUCAUUGCUCUAGGAAUGCGUCGACCGACCAGGAUCAAGACUGAAGACUUCGAUGUCCCCAUGUUGACUUUGGAUGAUUUCGAGCUUGCUCCAAUCCCGGAUACAGUGACUUGUCUCCCGCCAGAUUGCCGCGUAGCAUUCAACGUCAAGAUGCAGCGUGAGCUCGCUAUAAUGUGCAUUGAGAAAGCCAAAUUAUGUCUUUGCAUCUCCCACGUGCUCUCUAAACAAUACUGCGUGUUGAAUAACAACCAAGGCCUGAUGAACGACCGCACAACGAUGAUGCUACUCCCUAAGAAAUUGGACCCGGAGACGGGAGAGGUCAAGGCCUGUGACGAGGAGUUGCAGAAAUGGGUCAAUGAACUACCGGAGGAAGCCAAAUACACGGACAAGUUGACGGGUGAGAAUGCGCUAGAUUUGCACAGAGCAUUGCUUCAUAUGGUUUUCUUCACGACGCUCUCCGCGCUCCACCGGCCGCAAGUCCUUCCGUCAUCCCACACCGCACCAACUCCUACCGACGCGAAACAAGGCCUUGGCCACGACUUUCUCGACGUCUCUCGCCGGAACGUACGUCGGGCUGCGUCUGCCAUUACCUCAAUAGCUCAGCGUUUAGAUUCGGCUAACCUUGUCAAAUUCCUGCCCACAACCGGUGUCACGGUGCUACUUCCAGCCAUCAUCAUCCACUUGCUGGACAUCAAGGCUCCCGAGGAAGAAACCCGACGCUCUAGUCUCCGCGGCUUCUGCCAGUGCAUGGCUGUGAUGGGCAAACUCCGCGACUUGUACGCCGCCGCCGACUACAGCACCGCAUUCCUCGAAGCCGCAAUCCGGAAAGCCGGGAUCCACAUCGCCCCUAUGCAGCAACAACCGCUGGCCAAACCAUCGCCAGUAACUACGGUCGAAGAUCUCGUCGACGCGGGCAGGCGACUCGAUUUGGCUCACGAUACCCCUACUUCUCAGCAUCUUGCAGAUGCAACUCGGACGACAUUAACACCACCCCCGGACAACGGAACAACGAACAUGACACUACUAGAGAAGAUAUCCGGACCACCAGGCGCACCAGGGGCCAACGUCACCGACGAAGAGGUUGCUCGACGAUUAGAAUCCUUCCUGGCCUCCACACCACCAGAAUCCGACCACGACCACGACAAUCUCGACGCCAUCACCAUCUCACAAGACUCGGACGGGCAUUCCCAUACCCACUCCCACCACAUCCCCACCACAAACUCUCACCCUCAUACCCAUACCCUCGCCCAUGCCCACCUAAAUCACGCCCUUAAAUCUACCUCCGAACUCAACUACACCGGCUUCGCAUCCGAUCUCCCGCCAAACCCAUUCAACCAUCACCACGACUCCGAAACGCUCUUCUCUAGCCUGCCGAUGAACCACGAUUUCGACGACGGCGAUUUCGACAGUUUGCUGAACUUGGAUGCGGUGGGAGAGGCGUUUGCGUGGGAUGAGGGUGCCUUGGAGAACGGGUUGCAGAUUUCUGGGGAGAUGGGGAUGGGGAUGGGUGGUGGGGACGCGGAUUGGUUUGGUGGUGGGGGCGGUGGGGUUGGAGUGGGGCAUCUAAAUUUGGGGGAGUAG